AUGCCUUGCUCGUCAAACAAUACUGCCUGCAAUCCUGGCAAAGAAUCUGGCCCACGGUCGGCUGCCGGGAAUUUACCGUCCACGCAGGCCCCGAGCUCUUGCUGCGGCAAGGGCUCGUCGAGCAGGUGUAAAUGUGGUACGAAGUGCAGCUGUGAAGGCUGUAAUACAACCAAGCUGUGA